AUGCACAUUGGAACGAACUUGAACAAUACUCCUUCCGGCAUUCGUUGUUGUUGUUCAGACCAAAAUUGUGAAGUUGCCAAACAAAGUAAAACUUCAAUUGAAACCCUGAACAAGAAAAUAAGCCAUUUAACUGAACAACUCAAAAUGAAUGCAAGAGAUUUGGAGUUUAUUUCAGUAUCUGACGAUAAAUGUUUGUAUUAUACGGGUAUAAGCAGCUUCAAAACGGUGCAGCACCUAUUCAACUACUUGAAGGAUAACAUAAGUCAACCGCAUUGCAACUUUACGAAAGAACAAGUCUUUGUAAUGACAUUGACCAAACUUCGACUUAAUCAUCAAUUUCAAACAUUGGCCUACGAUUAUAAAGUAUGUCCGAACACAAUUUCAAAAUAUUUUCACAGGACGCUAGAAAUUAUUGAUAGAUGUUUGGGGUACGCUCUGGAAAUGCCUGAUAAAAAUGUGCUUUCGAAUCAUACACCAAAGCGUUUUAAAGAUCAGUUUGGCGAUAGACGUAUACUUAUCAUUGACUGUUUUGAGGUACGUUCUGAAACGCCAGAAAACCCUAAAGCUGCGGUUUCACACUUCAGUAAUUACAAAAAAUCGGAGACAACCAAAUUUUUAAUAUCGAUUUGUCCAGAUGGCAAUAUUGCUUUCAUAUCCCCUGGGUAUGGUGGCAGAUGCUCCGACAAAAAAAUUGUCCAGGAUUCUGGUAUUUUGAACUAUAUUGAAGCAGGAGAUGUAAUUAUUGCCGAUAAAGGUUUUGACAUUGCUGAUUUGGUUGAAAGUAAGGGAGCAAUUCUCAACAUUCCAUUGUUUCUUAUUAAUAAGAGGCAAUUCAGGCCUGCUGAAAUUGAAAAAAAUCGGCAAGUAACGAAAUUGAGGAUUCAUGUUGAAAGAUGUAUAGCAGGCUUGAAAAACAAAUUCUUAAUUAUAUCACAGAUUAUACCAGUAGGUUUACUAGUAAGAUUUGAAAAUGACAAAAAUAUUGUUGAUCUAGUUGCUAGAGUUUGUUGUAUUCUGUAUAAUUUCAAUCCUAGUAUUAUUAAGUGA